GCAGUUGUGUGCUUGUGUUACUUGCUUGGCUAUAACCUUGUUAUAACACACUAUAACUUAUUUGUUUAAUUAUUUGCGAUUUGUCACAAUAAUGGAACAAAAUAUUGAAAAUGUCUUACAACGAAGAAGACACGGUGAUCCAAUAGAUCACAAUUUAAUAAGAGGGAUAAUUCUUCAUAACAUUUUUGAUCCGAUAAUACCUCUUGCAGUUGCACAAAGACCCCAUUUUGUGUUAGAAACAGUUGACGAGAAAGAUGCGGAACAAAAUUUUCGAUUCAAAAAAAGAGAUAUUCCGCUACUAGCUCGGUUUUUACGCAUUCCAAAUCGCAUUAGAACCAAAUCUGGGCAUAUAGCAACAGGAAUUGAAGGGAUUUGUAUAUUCCUUCGUAGACUGGCAUAUCCCAAUCGAUUAUGCGAUUUGGAAUAUAUUUUUCAAAGAUCCCCACCAGCUCUGUCAGAAAUAUGUAAUUAUGUCUGUAAACACAUAUAUGACAAUUUUAGAUAUGUCUUAGAAGACUUAAAUAGAUUGAAUUGGCUAACUCGAGAUCGUUUACAACAAUAUGCACAGGCAGUGGCCAAUAAGGGAGCAGCAGUACAGAAUUGUUGGGGCUUUAUAGAUGGCACUGCAAGAGCCAUAUGCCGACCAGGAAUAGAUCAGGAAGCAUACUAUUCGGGUCAUAAACACUUCCAUUGCACAAAAUACCAAGCUGUUGUGUGUCCAGAUGGCCUAACAGUCAGUUUGCAUGGAGCAUUUAUGGGUAGAAGACACGAUGCUGGAAUACUUCGGGAAUCAGGUCUUUACAAUCAGCUGGAAGAAAAGACACGAUUUCCUGAUGGUAGUACUUUUGUUUUAUAUGGAGAUCAAGCUUAUGGUAUUCGGGAACUAUUGUUGUGUCCUUAUCCAGGACAAGGUGUCAAUCAAUUGCAGCAAAACUUUAAUGCCUCAAUGUCUACUGUAAGACAAGCAGUUGAGUGGAGUUUUCAGAAAGUGAUUGCAGAAUUUGCAUUUCUGGACUUCAAAAAAAAUCAAAAAUUGCUUUUACAAGAUGUAGAGGCAAUGUAUAAAACUGCAACAAUAUUGACAAACUGCCAUACUUGCUUAUAUGGUAGUCAGUCGGGUCAGUUUUUUAAUAUGCCAUCUCCCACUUUGGAACAAUAUCUUGAACCAAUAAAUGAUGAAUAGUUUUUCCCCUUGUAUAUUCUUUCUUCUUGUUCUUUUUGACAUAACAUGACAUGUCAUGACUCUGUCUGUUUUUUCAAUGUACCUCCAGUAAUUAUCGUUUUUGUGGUCUUCCCACUAAUCAUCUUCAUAUCAGGGAACCGUCUCUGACCAUCCUUACUAGUCUAUUUGUUAUCAUGCAGCUUAUGUGGUCAUUCCAUUCUACUCUUCUAUUUCUUCUUCUUCUUUAAGUGCCAUCUCCGUGACGAAGGUUGGCAAUCAUCAUGACUAUCUUGACCUUUCGAGGCAGCUGCUCUGAACAGUUGCCUUGAGCUUCAACCAAACCAUUCUCUCAGGUUCCUCAGCCAGGAAAUGCGUCUCCUUCGUACCCUCUAUUUUUCCUUGAAUUAUUUAUUUUAAGAUGCUGUAUCUUUCGCCUCUCAUCACAUGUCCGAGAUAUUGCAAUUUCCUUUCUUUUAUUGUGUUUUCAAUUUCCCUCUUAACACCAAUUCUUCUUAACACUCCUAACACUACAUUUUCCUGGGUAUCCACAUUUACACCUAUUGCAGUUAUAUAAAAAGCUGAUCUCUGCAUGCUUCAGCAAAUAGUAUAUACUUUGUUGCAUUUUCCUUUACAUAAAAGUAUGUGCUUUUGUUGAAAAGAACAUACUAUAAAACAAAAGUACCUACUACUGACAUGAAGUAAUCCAAUCGUGUUAGAACAAUUGUCAGAAAAUGAACAAUAUUGUUCAUUCACAUCCAUAAAUGCUGCCAUUUUUAACAAAAAUCACCUCUGCUGAAGUCGUUCAUCCACUAACUUCACUUAAACUGAGCCAAAUAUAUUAAACUAGCAAAUACUUCAAAAAUACGUAGUAUGUUCUAUGUAUGUGGUAAAUAGUAGCAAAUGCUAUGGAGAAAAGCAAAUGCUUUGUAAGUGAAGUAAAAACUUCAAAAAUGUAGUACAUACUUUAAGCAUUACUACAUUUUAUGCAUUCCACCUAUUAAGAGUGCUUAAUGAGUACUUACUCUUCUUAUUGUUUAUUACACUACUUCUAUUCUCGGUUACCUAAUGGAAUGAUGUUCUGUGGAAGUGCAGUGGGAACAUCAAAUCUUUUUAUCAUUCAUAAAAAAGUAGACUACUAAAUACUUACAUUUCCAGCCACCUACAUUUAUGAAUGUCUACAUUUCCAAUCAUACCCAUGACAAAAGAGCUCAAAACUUAACUAUCUGUAGACACAGGUUUACUCCAACAGAACGGAGUCCACUGUGUGCUUGUAUCAAAUUCUACAAGCUUCCAUCAAUAUUACAGCAUUAAAACAAGAAAAUCCUGUUAAUGUAGUACUUAAUCUGUUGAAAAAUAUCUUGUUAAUGUAAAAUCAUAUACUGUGGUGAAAUACCUAGAGUAUUAGUUCUAUUGUGCUGUCCUUAGUAUAUCCUACUGCAGAAUAUUGUGCUCCUGUCUUGCUAAACAAUCAUGACACAAAAGUCAUAGAUACCUAGUUAAACCAAGCAAUGAGGCACAUAACGGGAACUUUAAAGCCCACACCAACCCAAUGGCUUCCAGUUCUAAGCAACAAGACUACUGCCGCACUCAACACCCUAGUUCAAAAAUGACAACAAAACCCAGCACUACCAAUAAAUACAGACAUCGCUGAACUAGACCAAAGACGGUUAAGACUGAAAUUCAGACAUCCACCUACUAGAACUGCUACAAGAUUGGCUGAUUUCACUACUGAAGAGCACUGGAUGGGCGAAUGGAAUCCAGACAUCAGAAAUUCUAAUCUGAUAGAAAACCCCACAAUUAAACCUGACUGCUUUUCUCUUCCUCGUCAUGAAUGGUGCAACCUAAAUAGAAUACAAGUUGGUCAUGGAAUUUGUAACAAAUCGCUGAAUCAAUGGGAUAUAAAUGCCAGUCCAGGAUGUGACAAAUGCAGCGCUGUUGAACAUACAAUUAACCACAUCGUCUUCGAGUUGGCAGUUCUUUGUAAGUCUUCAAGAAAUCCACCAACUCACUCCCAAGUCAAGAGACUGGCUUCGAGGAUGUAACCUUCGACAUUCAUUUAUUAAUUUUAUUUUUAUAUGUUCUAUGUUUGUGUUUUCUUAUUUAUUUAUUAUUGUUUCUAUAUGUUACUGUUUCUUGACUUGACAUUGUUUGCUCAAUUAUAUAAAAAAUUAUACAAAUAAAAAAUUA